AUGUCAGAGCCUGGAGAUGCACGGGAGGGUCACCUGGACCAGGCGGAGUUUAAGAAGAAGAUGCUGUCUCAACUGCAGACAGCUGGUGUUGUCGGGCAGUCACAACUUCGAGCGCAGUUGCUCUCCGCACUCAAAAAAGGGCAGGUUGUGCAGCUUGGGCCCCCGCCCGGGGACAAGCCGGGACUGAAGCGCCACGCGCUGAACAGCAUGAUUGCGGACUACCUAGCUGCCGUACAAUACAACUACUCACUGUCUGUUUUCAAAGAGGAGUCUGGCAUUGAGGCGCGCCCGUUGCUAACCGAAGAUGAAGUUUUGGAUGUGCUCAAAGUAGAUCGUGACGCGUCCUUCUACCAGUCCUACAUGAAGUCUAAAGCGCACGCUGGCCCCGGCUCCUGCGUCAUCUUGAACCUCCUCUCGGCCAUCUCCGAGGCAGCGGCGGCCAAAGGGAAGGAGUCCUUCACACAGACCAUUGGCGGUGACAGGUAUCAGUUGGAGGUGCGCAUGAUGCAGCUGGAGAACGAGUACCAGUCUCGUCUGCGUGAGGCCCGGAUGGGCCCGGGGGCGGGGCUGGAGGAGCGGCUCGCUCUGUACCGUCAGGAGAUUGAGGAGCAGGCGGAGGCGGAAGUGGCGCGGCAGGUGGAGCGCAUUCGUGAAAUGGAGGUGGCGGCGGCUAGGCUGGACGAGGCGUCUAAGGCCCGUCGAGCUAUGGAGGCGGAGCGGUUGGAGUUGGAUCGCCUGCACAGCGAGCGGCUGACCAAACUGCGGCAGCGCGAGGAGGAGAUGAUGGACAAGCUGCGACGGCAACAGCGUGACGUGGAAAACGUGGCCUAUGAGCACCGCCAGCGGAUCCUUCGCGAGGAGGAGCGUAUGCGCAACCAGAAGACCGAAAUGCAGCAGCAACUUGACGCCCGGCAGGAGCAACUGAAGCAGCUGGAGCGGUCGCUGGAGCUGCGCGAGCGCGCGGUGGCGGCUCGGGAGGCGGCAGCGGAGAAGAAGCUGGCGGAGGCCACGGAGGUGGUGGCGGAGGCGCAGGUGGCGGCUCGGCAGGACGUGGAGCGCGAGUACCUGGAGCUUAAGAACGGCGUUGCGCAGCAGCGCUUGCAGCUGGAGAUGGACAGGGCCCGCAUGCAGGAGCUGCGCUCUGAAGCCAUGGCGGACCUGGCGGCUGCACGAGCCAAGGACGAUCGGCUGCGCGCGCUGGAGACUGCUCGGGCGGAGGCGGAGGCCCGCGCAGCAGCGCACGCGGCCGACGCCGAAGUGUGCCGAUUACAGGCUGAGAAGCUGGCCUUGGAGCUCAAUCAGGCACGCGAUGAGCUCAGUCGCCGCGUGGUGCAGGCAGCCGAGGGCGCAGAAGCCAUGUUGCAGAACGCGGCGGGUGCCAUGAACAUGCUCAAUACCGAGGCAUUGGCCUCUCGUCAUGCGGGCACCCAGAUCCGGGAGGUUGUGUCCCAGCUGGAGAGGGCCAAGGAAGAGGCCACGGCCCAGGUCACCGAGCUUCAGCAGGAACGCGGGUCGCUGCAAAUCACGGUGGCAGCGUUGGGUGCGGAGGCGGACGCGUUGCGCAAUCAGUUGGGCCGCGUGGAGGCACUCCUGGAUGAGGCGGUCUCGGCCCGCGCUGCAGCGCUCUCGAACUUGGAGGAGAGCCAGUUCCGCGCGUUCCAGCAGGAGCGAGAGCUGUCCGAGCUGCGGAACGCGCUGCUGCGGGCAAAAGAGGAGCUGGCGGCGCUGAGGAUGCAGUUGGCGAUGCGGCGGCCGCCGAGCAGGGGCCCCGACAGCCCGGGCCGUCGGAGCAUCACCGUCAGCCCUACGAGGCGGCCCCCACCGGGUGGCGGCGCCGCCGCAAUCUCCGCCCUCAGCCUCGGCAUCGCUUUGGGCGGCGGACCUGGAGGGUCCCUUGGAGCUGCCGGGAGCUACGGAUCCCAACAACAGCAGCAGCAGCACCACCACCACCACCAGAACCAGCAUUCACCGCCGCAACAUGCACCCUGGCACUACCACCCAAGCGCCUCCGGCUCGAUGGCGGGCGGUACACCUGCGCUGUCCAAUCUGGAGUUCCCGAUCGCGGCGGUGCCCCGGGACCCCACCCAGGAGCGGUUGGAGCGGCUCCGCCGUCAGGAGGACAUCAUGGCUAGGCAGGAGGACACCUUCCGUAAGCGAAUGGCCGUCCUGCAGGAGCCUCCCCCGCAACAACAGCAACAGUCCGCAGCUGAGGCUCAGGAGCAGGCGGACGAGGAGGAGCGAGCUUUUGCGUACCACCGAGAUCAACAAAUCAUCCGUCAGCAGCAACAACAACAGCUGCAAUAUUAUUUCUCGAGGCCGUCGCCCUUCCAGCAGCACGAACAUCACCAACAGGCGCAGGAGCAGCAGCAGCAACAAUAUCAAGAUUCGGCCGAGUACCAUUACGGCGGCCCUGAAUUUGAAACCGCCCAGCAGCAACAGCUUCCUCGCCAGCACACCCCACACGACGGCUCAGCGGCAGCAGCCGUGGUACCGGUGGCAGAGCCCUCAGGACCGACAUCCCAUUCCUCAUCCACCAUACAGCCUGUGUCGCAGCCACCGCAGCAGCAGCAGCAGGAACACCCGGCCCACAUUUCUACACGUUCCACUGGCCACGGUGUUGCAGCGCCGCCACCGCAACAGCAACCCCCGCAGGAGCUCCCUUACCUCUCCCAAGUCGCCGGCGGCAUGCCGCUCGGGGCACAACCGCAUGUCCCCGCAGAGCCGUUGGCCCCACCACCGCCGCCGCCGCCACCGGCGGGAAUGGGGUCACCCCUGCCGCUCGCACUACCCGCAGACCCGGCCCCCCUCGCACCCCUUGCCUCGCCUGCGCUGGUAGCCCCGCCAGGCCUCGUCUUCACCUCUGAUCUCGGGACGCGCGCCCCUGCUUCCCCUGCGGCGGAGGCACACCCGCCAGCGGCCGAGCCGCGCAAACCGACCAUUCCCGGUCUGGUCAUCGUCAGUGGCUUUGCGCCGCGGAGCUCGCCGGAGCCUCCGCAACCCCCGCCUCCGGAGGGGCGAUCAGAGGAGCUGGACUCGCACUCUGAGCCACUGGACCUAGCGAACGUAAUGCAAGCCAAGAUGCGCAUGCUGCAGGAGCAACGCGAACGUGCACUCGCCGCUCAGCGGCAACAGCAGCAGCAGCAGCACCCUCCGCCACUGGAGCGCCGUCUCUCCCGCAACUCCCACUCCAGCCGAUACAGCGGGGAGGUGCGGUUCCUCGGCACCACUGGCGGCGUUGGCGGCAUGAGCAUGGAGGCUAGCAGUCCCCCAGGCGCCGGCGCAAGUGGCGGCCUUGCGGCGCACGUGGAGGACAGCACCAGCGAUAUUGUGGCGGGCGAGGAGUACGAUACGGUGGCUCCGGAGCUCUCCACGUUGCACCGGCGAGGGCGGCGGAGUCACGAGGGCGGCACCGGGCACUUGUCCCGGCAGAGCAGCGUGAGCCGGCGCGAGCUGGUGCGCGGCACGUCCAUCGCGAGGUCCGAGGCGAGUGCUCUCAGCAUGGAGGUACCUGGGCUGGGGGGACCCAGCAUGAGGGCGCUCAGCACCGUCCUGACGCUGGACGAUAAUCUGUCCUCCCUGGAGGGCUUCGAGGUGCGCGGCCUGGACGACGACGACGACGACGGUGUGGAGGGCCCUGUGAGCGAGGGCGUCGGCGCCUUUGCAGCUGAGUUUUCUGCUAACAGCGUCUUCUAA